AUGAAGAACGCCAUCCUCUUCACCGCCCUCACUGCCCUGGUGGCCGUCGAGGCUCACCCCUACAAGCACCGCCACGCCAAGCACGGCGGUUGCAAGGCUGUCACUCAGACCGUCACCGUCACUGUCCCUGCCGGUGGUGACGCCCAGCCCGCCCCGACCGACGCGUCUGCCGUCUCCUCGGUCGUCCCCUCGAGCGCCGCUGCCGAGUCCUCGGCUGCCAACUCUGCUGAGCCCGCUCCUUCGGCCGCUAGCUCGGCUGAGGCUAGCUCCUCCGCUGUCAACUCGGCUGAGCCUAGCCCCUCUGCCGCCAGCUCCGCCGAGCCCAGCCCUUCGGCCGCCAACUCUGCCGAGCCCAGCCCCUCUGCCGCCGAGGCCCCCGUCAAGGAGAACGCCGCCAAGCAGCACAACGGUGGUCACUACAUGCCCAACAAGGGCUGGACCUCCACUUGGGGUUGGACCUCCACCUGGGGCAGCCCUCAGGCUACUGGCGGUGCCAACCUGGCUGACGCUGGCAGCGACAAGUCUGGCUCUGACUCCCAGGCUCAGGAGCAGGCGCCUGCCCCUGCCCAGUCCCAUGACGCCCAGUCCUCUGCCGCCCCCGCUGAGGCUUCUGCCGCUCCUGCCCCCUCCGCCGACGCUCGGGUCGAAAACGCCAACCCCAGCACCUCGUCCGAGUACAAGCCCCCCGCCCCCACUUCGUCUGGUGAGGAGUUCAUGUCGACUCACACGGACACCAGCAACGGCGGUGACUACAGCGAGGCUGAGAAGAACGAGGCCUCGAAGCGCGAGUCCGGCGACCCCGUCCCCACCUACGACAUUGGCCUCCGCAUCGACCAGGAGCCUACCGAUGAGGACUACAAGGGUACCUCUGCGCUGUCGCAGUCGAUCCUCAAGUUCCACAACGACCUCCGUGCCAACUUUGGUGCCGAGCCCCUCGCUUGGAACGAGCAGUACGCGCGCAGGGCGAGGUCGGACUGGAACGACUGCCUCUGGGAGCACAAGGGCGAGGACAACCUUCACACGUUCUCGGCGUCGUACGAGUCCGCUUCCGAGGCUGGUGGUCAGGCUUGCAAGGCCUGGGCCGACGAGUGGAAGGAGUACCCCUUUGACAACCCCGCCGCGCAGGCCUACUCCCACUUUACGCAGAUGGUCUGGAAGGAGGCCACCGAGGUCGGAUGCGGCUGGACCUACACCUGCCCUGCCGAGGGCGGCAUGGCGCGCAAGCUCAACUUCCGCUGCGUUUACUCGCCCGGUGGCAACACUGUCUCCAAGGAGAAGCCCGGAGUUUACUUUGAGGAGAACGUUGGCCGCUGCACCGUCUGCAACCAGUAA